CUUAAUAUAAUCUUCAAAUCGAUUCACAACCCCUUCCUCCUCUCCAUGAUGCGAAGGUUGACUUUCCUCUCCUGCUUCAUUCAAGUGGUUCUGCUGAGAGGGGUAUUUGCCGCUGUCGUCGUCGUUCUCCCCCCCUUGGCUGGCGCUAUGAUGCUGAGUAUCUUGGUGUUUGUGGUGGUGAAACAUUUUGUCGAAGAUGUUUUCGUGGUGUUGAGACAUUUUGGUAGGCAGUAGGUAUUUCAGAUAUUUAUAUUGUAGUCAGUGUAAUGUGUGAUGGGUAGUACGUAGUAUUCAUUCAGAU